AUGUCUAUUUGUCUGUUAUCUCUCAUCGUCUCUACCCUGGCUGUCGGUUGUACUGCCUUGGGCUACGGUCUUAUGGCUUUGUUACAGCUGUCGCUCCCCAGGGUAGCCGUCCUGGCCCCCCUCUUCAUCGCAAGCGUCAUAUCACUGGUCCUGCUCCUCGGUGUUUAUACAAUCUUCCAGAACACUCCGGUGCCCAAAUGGCGUCCCAAGAGCACCCCGGUCCAUCUUCUGGUCGUCCUCGGCAGUGGCGGCCACACGGCAGAGAUGCUUUCUUUGCUACGGCGCGUGGACAUUAUUACAAACAAAUGCAUUUAUCGGACCUAUGUUGUCAGCUCCGGUGAUAACUUCAGCGCUACCAAGGCGCUCGAGUUCGAAUCCAGUCUCGGGGGACAGCCAGAGUCCUACGCAAUCAUAACAGUGCCUCGUGCCCGCCGCGUCCAUCAAUCCUACUUAACGGCUCCCUUCACCACUAUUUUGUCUUUCUGGUCCUGUAUUCUAGUUCUAUGUGGGCGCCAUCCGGACCAGCAGCGACACAAACGACCAGCGCAACUUACCUCGCCUUAUCCGGAUCUCAUCAUCACCAAUGGCCCCGCGACAGCCGUUAGUGUUAUACUAGCUGCUAGAUUCUUGCGUCUUCUUGCUUCUUGCCUGAGCUUCCUAUCUUUAGCCAAGUCCCACCGGCAAUCUAUGACCGGCAAAGGGGCGAGCGAGGCUCUGCUGCCGGGAGAAUACCGACUUCGUACAGUAUUUGUGGAAUCUUGGGCGCGGGUGAAGACAUUGAGCUUGUCGGGAAAGAUUCUUCUGCCUUUCGCUGACCGAUUCUUGGUUCAGUGGCCUGCGCUGGAAGGGAAGCAGGCGUGGUGGGGGAUGAGGAAGACUGAAUACGUUGCCGGUCUUGUGGACUGA